GGAGCGCUCGACGUCCAACCUCUCUGUCAGUUGUUCUUUACGCUCCUUGCGCAUUUUCUGCGCUGAAUGUACUCGAUCGAUCGCAUAAUUCAUUUCAUUCAAAUAUCGAGUUUACUUUUUUGAUUUUCCAUACGAGCCUCGUGUCGAGAAUUGAGCAGCACGAACUCUUUUCAAACGACUUCAUCUCAUCCACCGAUACCUACUUUCAAUAACAGCAAAUAAUCGAGCCACUUGCUGCCUUGAGUACAUUGAAGUUACGCUAUCGUCUCUCCAAUUUUCAAUCCCUUCGAAUUUUUCCAACUACCAAAAAAAACUGCGAUUUCGAAUUUCGGUAAAAUGGCAUCACCUGAUGAGAUUUCUGUCAAGGAAGUACCAGCUCCCACUAAGGACGGAGAGGUAGAGAAAGCAGGCGAACAGAGACAGGUAGAAGUUCAAAAGGUCUCGACACUUCGAUCAGUAAGUCUCGAUGUCGUUGGUGUCGAAAGUGUCAAUAAGGAGGCCAAAAAGCGUCGUACAUACAAAAAAUGGUCAGAAAAGGAAGAAAAAAUUGUCCAAGGCAUCGUUGAUAACCAUAGAACCAAUCCCGAGACAUCUAACAUGGGUCUUAUGGAGUUGGAUCGAUAUUCAGUCACAAAGCUGGCAGAUGCAGGAUUCUUCAGAACACAACUGGGAGUUAGUGGUUUCCGUGGAAGAAAAAGUUCUAAACCCGAUUACAACCCGGUCGUCGAUCUUGUUGCUAAUAUGCCUGAAUCAAUUCGUUCUAUGGAGGCAAAUUAUAAGCCAUUUGCCUCGGUUGCAAGAGAGCCAGUUCGUAGACCAAGUACAGUCGUUUCCCAGAGUGCAACUACAUUGCAGGAGUGGAAUACUUUGAGUAAAUUGAAGAACAGUCCAUACGCUCUUAAUGGCAAGCGAAGUUACGGAGAUUUCAACAGCGAUCUGGCAAGAGAGAAAGCCAAUGCUGCUACUACUGCUACUUGGAAGCCACAGGCACAGGCAUCUUCCAUGGGAACCAACGGCCAGCAGGGCUUCCUAAUGACUCCUGGAUCCAAGUCCUGUGAAGUUUCCAAGUCUCAAAUUGAGAUGGGUUUAAACAUGUUGCCACCAUCAAAUCGGAUGUGUGUCACCAAUGGUAGUAGAGGAAAUCCUAUUGAAGCCCGAAACGACCCACUAUUGGGUCAACCACAGUCAGAGAGUGAUCGGAUUGAACAAGCCAGAGUCUCAAUAGUUAGUCUAGGGAAGAAAUUAUUGGGAGCUAUGACAAUGCAAGGGGCGCAUGAGAAUAUUGCAAUGACACACGCGAAUAUUGCAAUGGCACACGAGGCGCGGCGCAAGGAGGCAGAGAAGCUGGCAGUGGAGUUCAAAAAGAGAGCUCAGGCGCAAAGAGACGAGAUCGUCAGAAUCCAGACCUUAAACCCAGAGUUAAAGCACUAUGAUGUGUGUUCAAGCCCAGAGAUAGAGGAGGAUAUGCGAAUCUUUGAGCUAGAGUUAAAGAACAAUCCGGUAUUCCAAUGAAUGUAUACUUGAUUGGCUUUGGUUCUGAUGGCAACGAUGAUAAUGAUAAAAUUGUGCGAAAUGAAGUGAAAUCA